CAUGAACUGGAGGCUGAGAUGGUUGUUUAUUAUUCUGUUUUGUCCAACAGAGAUUAUAUAUGGAGGUGAAGCGGAUUUCAGCACUGGAGCUGUCCGGGGUCUGACACUGGUGCUGCUGAUGAUGCUGAGCUACAACUCCGAGCGCGCGUAUGCGUGCGCGCGCGCGCAAACGCCUCUCUCUCUCUCUCUUUCUCGCUCCCUCUCUCUCCCUCCCUCCCUAUCUCUCCUCUUCUUCACUCCCUUCCUCGUCCCUCUCCUCCACACGCACAAAACGCUCUGUCAUGGCGUCUUCCAACCAUGUUACCCCCACCAACUGUAGCUGGUGGCCCAUCUCAGCCCUGGAUGAGGACGGUAAAAUCACAGACGGGGAGGACUGCGAGGAGCCGUCGUCAGAGCCCAAACCCUUCAGCAAAGACAGGCUGGUUCUGUACCACUGGACGCAGUCGUUCACCUCCCAGAAGGUACGUCUGGUCAUCAAUGAGAAGGGUCUGGUCUGCGAGGAGAGGGACGUGAGCUUGCCGUUGCAGGAGCACAAAGAGCCCUGGUUCAUGAGGCUGAACCUGGGAGAGGAGGUGCCCGUCUUCCUCCACGGGGACACCAUCAUCAGCGACUACAACCAGAUUAUAGAUUACGUGGAGAAAAACUUUGUGGGAGACACGAUGGCUCAGCUGAUUCCUGACACAGAAUCACCCCUCCACGAUCGUGUGCAGCAGUAUCGCCAGCUUCUCGACGGCCUGCCCAUGGACGCUUACACACACGGCUGCAUCCUCCAUCCAGAGCUCACCAUCGACUCUAUGAUCCCAAAGUACGCCACAGCAGAAAUACGUAGACAUUUGGCUAAUGCUGCAACGGAACUGAUGAAGUUGGACCACGAGGAACCUCAGCUAACAGAACCAUACCUGUCCAAGCAGAAGAAGCUCAUGGCAAAAAUCUUAGAUCAUGACAACGUAAACUACUUGAAGAAAAUUCUGGGAGAAUUAGCCAUGGUUUUAGAUCAAGUGGAGGCUGAACUGGAGAAACGGAAACUAGAGUAUCAAGGUCAGAAGUGUGAGUUGUGGCUAUGUGGACCUGAAUUUACACUAGCUGAUAUCUGCCUCGGAGCCUUGUUGCACAGGCUCAAGUUCUUGGGACUUUCUAAGAAAUACUGGGAGGACGGCAGCCGACCCAACCUGCAGUCCUUUUUUAUGCGUGUGCAAAAACGCUACGCUUUCCGCAAGGUCUUGGGCGACAUCCACACAACCCUCCUGUCCGCAGUCCUACCCAACGCCUUUCGGAUGGUAAAAAAGAAACCCCCGUCCUUCUUCGGGGCCUCGUUUCUCAUGGGCUCUUUGGGAGGGAUGGGCUACUUUGCCUACUGGUAUUUAAAAAAGAAAUACAUGUAGUGAACGCCCUCUCCUUGUGUUAAAUGUCUGUGUAUUUGUGUGAUGUUUCAACUUUUCUGUAAUGUUUUAUGACUGCAGGAAACAUAAUCAAUCUAUAUAGAGAACACUAUUACUUACAUGGACAAACAAAGAAAUAUUAAAACAUUCCAUGAUAAGAAAUUCUCAACAGCACAUUUUCUGGUAAACAAUCUUUUUUUUUUUAACCCCCGUCAUAAGAUUUCUUUCCAGACAUGUGCAGCCCCCUUUUUUGGUUGAAGGAAAAUUCACUUUCACUGAAACUACAGUUUCUAACAGUUUCACAGUUUUACAUUGACAGGGUGAACUGACCUUGGCAGGUCACUUAAGGCUUUGUCCAAAUCUCUGCUUCAUCCUCCUCCUCCUCCUCCUCCUCCUCCUCCUGAAACAGAUCUUUAAACCACACACAAAGAACAGACGUAACUGUGCAGUUACAAAACCAGGUUCCAUAAUGGCAUCUGAGCUUUUAAAUGUCAGACCUCGACACGUAAGGCCAGUCCUUCCUGACGGGCUCAGCUCACUGUUGCUAGGUUCUGGAACUUUCUGAAAUCAGCACAUGAACUAAUGAGGCUCCAUUUUUACCCCUUAAUGGAAAGUCUCCCAGUUUCUAACUAGUAACACUGCUGGACACAAAUGUUUUAAUUGCCGUUUACUUUGUUGUUGAAUCUUAGAUGAAAAUAUUUGACAUGUACUGCAAAAGUAAACCGCGUAUAACGUACUGUUGUGUUUGGGGUUUCAGCUUCUUUAAUUAAGAUAAAUCAACAUUCCUAAAGUUGAUUAAAAUCUUUUUUUCCCCCUCUUUAUUGCUGUAACAGGCAGAAACCAAAACCAAUGAGCAGGAUUUGAGGAAAUGAUACAGCUCAGGUUGCAUGGCAUAUGUAAGGAUAUUUUAAGACAUUUUUUCCUACUGUUGUUUCUGAGCUGUGAGAAGGACAAUGGCCGGGAAACAAACGAGAGGAACAGAUCUAAUUUAUCAGACGGCUAGUAAUGUUUGACUUUGUCUUAAGAUUUCUCUUCAGAGGUUGAUCCGAUCCACCUCACUCCUUUAAUUAGGUUUAACUAAAAUAGUAGGUGCAAAACAUUUUAUUUCUUCGUACCUUUUGUUGUCACACAUUUUGACUUGUACAUAUCGUAGACGACGUGUCCAACAACAGAACACAACAGUACCGUGACUGUUUUCAUCCUUUGCUCAGCAACAAAGUAAAUGAACAUUUCACACUUAAUGUCAAACAAUUACUUUAAAUGUCAUUACAUCGUGCACGAAAUGACACACACGGACACGCUCAUAGUCUAUCUAUAGUUUAUUCAGGCCUCCAAAGGUCAUACAGGUCACACAUUGGUCCACCCUCACUUUCAGGACUCGGAUGUUUUGUAUCUUAGCUGUUUGAACGGUGACACUGAGCUGGUGGUAAAAGUUGUACAUUCUGCGUAGAUGGCACAAACACAGCUGUGUUGGGCUAAUGAUGUGUGUGUUUGCAUGGGUACCUUCGAAUUGUCUUUUUGAGUUGGCCCGACGCCCCGGGGGGGCAGAAACAUCAAUAACCACAGGUUUCUAAAUGUUCUGCUGCCAAAUGUAACCUUUAAAGCACCUGUGCACUGAUGUGCACUGAAGACGGUCCCUCGGCCACGCUUCACUGCUGUGUUAUGAUUUUGUCCACCGCUCCUCCUCCUCCUCCUCCUCCAUCUGCUCCUCCUCCUCCUCUUCCUCCUCCUCAAAGAUGCAGGAUUGUCUUUUACAGAUAGAUCAUUUUAAUUAUACAUUAUCUCAUCUAUUUUGCUGCAUUGAAUUUUUAAUGAGCUAAAAAGGGGUAAAUAAGGGUGAACGGGGCAGGAGGUGAAAUGCUGACUCAUCUGAAUGCAGAAGCUGCCUUUCAUCCAAAACACAACUGAACGUGUGUCUUUGUUGUUUUGCUGAGGGGCAGCUGUGUCACUGAGGUUAAAGGUUAAAGGUAGCUUUUCAUGGGUUGUUUUUGUACGCGCCUCGCUUUCUUCUGCUGCAGGAACUGAUCUGUGCAGACAGUGACAGUGGUUUUCAACAGAAUGUUGAUGGAGAUUAUAAAGUACUGUAAGUGGUUAGAAAAAAAACCCCACGUUAGUCCAACAUAGACCUCAUGGUCCUACUGUUUGCAAUCACUGCCUAGGUAGGUGUUACAAAGACUGAUGGAAGCAGAGGUACAGCAGGCGACUCUGUACCAACGCCAGGCUCACAGGGCUCUCAUUUAACAGUGGUUCAUUUAAAAACUCAACUUGCGUUGCAUAGCAACAUGACAACCAAAAAAUCUGGUGCAGCACUGACAAAUCUAUCUCUUAUUUUUAUCAUUAUAUUGCAUUUUUCCUUCACUGCUUAAUCACUAAGUGCUAUGUGACGUGAACAUGCACAGCAUAAAGCGUAAAGUGUUGCCACAGGUAUCCACACACAGUACCUCUGUUUCCAUCAGAUGAUUCAACAUUUCAACCCAACCGAAUUUAAAAAAAGAAAUGAGUUAAAGUCACUCAUUUUGAAUUUUUAUUGUGAUCUGCUUUGGCGUCAAAACAUACCAAAGAAAAGUUCAGAGUGAAACACACACAAACAUCCUGUAAAACCUGGGGUGGUGUUGCACUGUAUUUGUAAUGAUAUUGUGGGCAUCUUAAGACCCAAACACCACAGUCUUAACAGUCACCACUUAGGCUGCAUUUGCACACAAUUAAGGCCGAGUUCGACAACUGGAUUAUGACUAAAUUCCUUCUCCCCCCUCCCAGUCAGAUUUGUUAUCUCAUUUAUAAAGAUUGGGACAAGUUACAGCUGUAGUUUACUCAGUCCAAUUUUGUCAUUAAAACAUUACAUGUUGAGUUUUGAACAAGGCCAAAUGCUGUAGAUUAGAAAUGUAAACUGGCCUGAAUCAAACUGGCCUCUAAACCUACAAGUACUUCCAGGUUUUUAUGAAAACACAGAACAGACACUGACAUAUAAAUACCACCAGAGAAAUUAAAUCAACAGAUAAUCUGCAGGACACACGAUAUUUUGGUGAAUUAUUCUAGUUUUUGUUGACUUUCUCACGUGGAGCUCUUUACAUAUUUUGCUGUAUGUCAAAACAGCCAAUCUUCCUCUCACCCAGUCACGUGUCAUGAUGGAUUUCAUUUCUGUGUUCUCACUUGUUCUGAGUGAAGUCACGUCACCUGGAGGUUUAAAUCUGUGCUUCUACGAUCACAUGGGAAUCCAUUUUGAGAAUCCUAAAAAGUUGUAAUUUGUGGUCAUUAUAUUUCACUAUUUUUUAUUUAUUUAUUGUUUUUUUAUAUUUCUAUAUAUUUGAUUUAUUUAUGGUGCUUUUUAUGAUGUUCAUGAGCCUUACUUUAUUUUGUUGCCAUCAAUGACAAACAAAUAAAAAAAAAAAGGAAUACGCAGAAUGUAGCUUUCACUUUGCUAGCAAGCAACUAACACUGCAUGUUUUCAAGUCACGAUAAUUGGUUUAUCACACAGUUACUUGGUUCUGACAUUAUUCCUAAAAAUACUGAUAUCAUUUAGAGCACACACAUUAAAUUAAAACAGGUUAAUGUUCUUUCACCCCAAAAAAUAGCAAAGCAAUAUUAGUACUUUGAACUGCUGUAUUUGGCAACAAUCACUCAGUAGAUGUAAAUAACAUUU